UUUUAUCUUGGAAUAAUGUAGGAAUAUUUCGACAAGGGAUGUUAGAAAUUUAAGUUGGAAAUGUAACUUUAGUUAUGGAAGUUAAUGUCUUGUUGUUCAACCAAUGAGAAUAGAAGGGAUAUAAUUUUAAAGAGUCACUUCCCCCUUGAAGAGGGAUUAUCUUAUAAUGAGAAUCCUGUACAUGUUCAUCAUCCAACUCGUCAGCGCCGUUCUUGUUGUAUUUGGAGCCGGUGGUAUCGAAUCCUACGUUCCAAACUCAUACCCAUCGUACGGCACAACUGGACAAUAUUACCCAAACUAUUACCAGCAAUAUCAAUAUCCUUAUCCGUAUCCACAUCAACAGCCGUAUCCAUAUGGUGGUGGACAAUAUCCUCAGCAAUAUGGGUAUGGAAACUUUAACCGUGGAGGGGGACUAGGAAUACUGGGUACUGCAGGACUUAUGAUGUUUGGCUUCUUCGCAAUGAUGUUUAUGUUGUUUUUCUUCAUAAUUAUGUUCAGUAUGAUAUCAAGUGGUGGAUUGUUUGGUGGAAGUUCAUCAACGUCGGACCUUCUUUACUUAUGAAUGUAUUUCGUCUUUUCGUUAUCUCGUUGACAUGUCUUGUCUACGUCGUUCUUGGAAAUGGCGGCUACUACGCCGACGAAGGCACUCAUGCUUAUACCUCAAAUAUAUAUAAGAAGCAAACAGUUCCGGUUCCGAUGCCAUUUCCGGUCUAUACUCAGCCGUACCAUGGUGGAUGGGGCUUUGGUAAAAUCAUUCUGUAUCUUUUGGGAUUUUUCCUCUUUCUUUCCAUCCUGAUGAUGAUGUUUAGUGCACUUAGUAAAAGCUCGUCCCAUUCGUCUGCUUUAUCAUCAUCUUCUUACGGUAAAAUAGUUGGCGGUGGUGGCGAGCAACCAAUUAUCAUCAUAACUGAUACAGGAAGUGGAGGUCAUUUUCCGCAGGGUUAUGGUCAUAUGAACAUGAUGAUGAAUCCCGGUUCAGGAAGUGGCGGCGGCGGUAACACUGGUGGCAACACUGGAGGCAGCGGUGGGGGUUCAAAUAAUGGAGGAACAACAAACAUCGUGAUUCAAGACAGCCAUAAUAAUGAUAAUGAUGAUAACAAUGAUAAUAAUAAUAAUGGCAAUGAUUCUGACGAGAGUUAAUUCUCUUCUUUUGUAGAAACAGAAUAUAUGACGGUUGGGUUAAAACAAACUAAAUAACUUACAUUUAUUAUACUGUCAAUAAAAAUUUGGAAAUUUGCAAACUGUAUUAUACUUUUAAAAGGGAAUAUCACUGGUUCAUUAAGAUUAUAUCAAUUAACUUAUAAUAAAAACAAUGUACAAAACAAGAACAUACUUUAAGUUAUCAAUAAAUAUUGUUGUUUUACAUAUCAGA